AAAAUCCGACGGGGACUCCUCUUCUUAUUUCUUUCCAUCGCCUUUUCAAAAAGCAGAGCAACCAACCAACAACCCAAAAAGAAAAGAGAAAAAACACUUCACUGCAUAUUCUCUUUUCUCUCUUGAUUUUUUUUUCCUCGUUAAUUAUUUUUAUAUUAAUUUCUCGAGAGAAUCCAAAAACUUUUCUUACAUUUCAUCCUACCUGAUCCAGCAACCUAGUAACGCUUUUUAAUUUUCCUUUUUCCUUUUAUUUUUAUAUUUUUCAUGAUCUAGGGUAGUUUCGGAACAAUGACGAGGGUAAAUCGGAAUUUUGGUGAUACUAUACAAAAGGAAGCAAUUCCAGCUGUAUCAGCUGAUGUGAUAUUUGCUUCGAGUCGUUUUCCCAAUUAUAAAAUUGGGGCAAAUAAUCAGAUUCUGUAUCCCAAAGAAGAUCCUAAAGUUUUGUCCAUGAAAGAGGUUGUUGCUCGUGAGACCUCGUUGUUAUUGGAGCAGCAGAAUCGCCUCUCUGUUCGUGACCUUGCUAGUAAAUUCGAGAAGGGGUUAGCUGCUGCUGCUAAGUUGUCUGAAGAGGCUCGACUCAGAGAGGCAGCUUCACUGGAGAAACAUGUCCUUUUGAAGAAGCUUAGAGAUGCCCUGGAAUCUUUAAAAGGACGUGUGGCUGGGAGAAACAAGGAUGAUGUGGAGGAGGCGAUUGCAAUGGUGGAAGCCCUGGCAGUUCAACUGACUCAAAGAGAAGGAGAGUUGAUUCAAGAGAAGGCAGAAGUAAAGAAACUAGCAAAAUUCCUUAAGCAGGCCUCUGAAGAUGCUAAGAAACUUGUUGAUGAGGAAAGAGCUUUUGCUCGAGCUGAAAUUGAGAAUGCUAGAGCCGCAGUUCAAAUAGUGGAAGAGGCCCUUCAAGAGCAAGAACAAAUAUCUCGAGCUUCAGGCAAACAGGACUUGGAAGAAUUAAUGAAGGAGGUUCAAGAGGCUAGAAGGAUCAAAAUGCUACACCAACCUAGCAAGGUUAUGGAUAUGGAACAUGAGCUUCGUGCAUUAAGGAUUCAACUUGCAGAGAAGUCUAAGCAUUCCCUACUGCUUCAAAAAGAGCUAGCAAGAAGCAAGAGAAUCGAGGAAAAUUUAUCUCAUUUGUAUGAAUUGGGGGGGGCUGAAAUUUUAGGUUCAUAUUUGCGGAUUAAACGUUGUUCUGAUAUUGCUCCAGAACUUUCCCAAUGUUCAAUUCAGUGGUAUCGUAUUUCAUCUGAAGGUGGCAAAAAGGAGCUUAUAUCAGGUGCUAGCAAAUCAGUUUAUGCUCCGGAGCCUUUUGACGUUGGUCGAAUCCUGCUGGCUGAGAUUAUUUAUGAUGGCCAGCUAAUCAAAUUGACAACUACUGGUGCUAUUGAUCCAGCUGCUGGUUUGGGAAACUAUGUGGAGGCACUUGUGCGGAAACAUGAUGUUGAAUUCACUGUAGUUGUUACCCAAAUGAAUGGUUCAGAUCAUCCAUCAGAAUCUAUUCAUGUACUACAUGUGGGAAAGAUGAGGAUGAAGCUAUGUAAAGGAAAGACAACAAUUGCUAAGGAAUAUUAUUCCAGCUCAAUGCAGCUGUGUGGAGUUAGAGGGGGCGGAAAUGCAGCCGCCCAGGCAUUGUUUUGGCAAGCAAACAAAGGGCUUUCAGUUGUAUUAGCAUUUGAAUCAGAGAGAGACAGAAAUGCAGCCAUUAUGCUUGCUAGGAGAUUUGCUUUUGACUGUAAUAUCAUGCUCGCUGGCCCUGAUGACAGAGAUCUUUAGGAACCUAAUAGAUCCUCAGAAUUCUGUUUUGCUAAUUGUAAUUGCUUUGAGUUUUAUCAUGUAUCAUAAGUUUGUAAUGCUAGGACGUGACAUUAUUUGAUUCUGUAUUGGGUUUCCACCAUUCUUUUUUUUUUUUUUUUUUUUCCUAUUUUGCCUUUUCCUUUUGCAUUCUCCUGUCCCAAUAUAAAGGCAUUGUUUUUGGUUUGCCUUUCGUAUUAACAUAACAUAUUCAGACCUAGCUUUGGAGGAUUUCUGGAGCAGUCUAUAUUUGUUGAAUGGUUUAUGCAUAACGACUGAUGUGUGAAUGAUGAGUUCCCAAUUUGAUAUAGGCCAUUUCAUUAUAUUAAGUGUUAUUGUAUUGCCCUUUUAUGGUUUUCCUAUGUACAAUUGGUAUAAAAAAAUUUGUAGCUGUGCCUAUGAUAUUUGAAAAAGCUAGCCACAUUUCUAUGUCAAUAUCCAUAUUUCUGUUUAUCCUCGUAUUUCAUGUGCUUGGUGGUUCAUCUAAGGCUCAUUUACUGGCUUAAGAAUAAGCUUAAGAUUGGCUCAACCCAACUUCAAGCGCCCACAAAAAAAAAAAAAAAGGUAAUAUGGAUGAUGCAGAAAGGACAA